CCCCCCCCCCCCCCCCCCCCCCCGGAAGUGUUUUUGCUCUGCAUCACUGAGACUUGCAGCAUCAUCGUCCCGCUCUGACCUCAGUCAUCAUGCUGCCGUCUGUGUUUGUGUGCGGCGUCCUGGCAGCGUUGCUCACGCCAGCACGGUGUGAGCUCAUCGAGGUGUGCAUCGAGGACGACGACAACCUGAGAGUGGACUGCCGGGUGAAGGCCAAGGCCAACCAGAUCAGCAGCUACGAGUUCUCCUGGUCCUCCGGCUCCAAGGAGUCGCUCAUCAACGCCAACGUGUCCGGUUUACCGGCCGAGUCCCAGUUCAGGGGCAAGAGCGAGGUGACGGAGUUGGAGCCUCACGGCUACCGGAUGACGCUGAAAGGCUUCACGGACACGUUGCCGCACAACACCACGUACUUGUGCAAAAUAACCGGCGCGGGCGCCAGCGUUACCGUGGAGAAAGAUCAACUUGUCCGAUGUUGUGCUGUCAGUCUGAUCCUGCAGAACUGCUGGAGUGUUGGCCUGCUGCUUUUCUUCCACGUCACUCACGCCUAACAAAUAAAAUGAGCUGCUGGAGUGUCGGCCUGCUGCUUUUCCUCCACGUCACUCACGCAUAACAAAUACCAAAAGCUGCUGGAGCGUCAGCCUGCCGCUUUUCUUCCAUGUCACUCACGCGUAACAAGUAAAGUUAGCCGCUGGAGUGUCGGCCUGCUGCUUUUCUUCCACGUCACUCAUGCGUAAAAAAAUAAAUACAGCUGCUACAGUGUCGGAACUGCUACUUUUCCUCCACAUCACUCACGCGUAAUAAAUAAAAAGAGCUGCUUGAGUGUCGGCAUGACGCUUUUCUUCCACAUCACUCACUUGUAAUAAAUAAAAAGAGCUGCUUGAGUGUCGGCAUGACGCUUUUCUUCCACGUCACUCACUUGUAAUAAAUAAAAAGAGCUGCUUGAGUGUCGGCAUGCCGCUUUUCUUCCACGUCACCCACGCGUAAUAAAUAAAAAGAGCUACUGGAGUGUAUGCCUGCCGCUUUUCUUCCACGUCACUCACGCGUGACAAAUAAAAAGAGUUGCUUGAG